GUGGGGCUGAGGCGUUUAUCUGGUCGGCGCACCUCCCCGGGCGGACAGUCUGCCUCCUUCUCUCUCUCUCGCUGCGUAAAAGACGCACAGGACUCCAGCCGCGCCGCCGCACGGACUACAACUCCCUUUGCCCGCUGCCCGUCCUUCUCCUCCGUACCCGGCUCCGCACCCCCUCUGCCCGUCGGUCAUGUUUCGCUGCGGGAUCGCCUACCCCCGGUGCAGGUGGAUCAUCCCCCUGCUGCUGCUCUUCGCCAUCAUUUUCGACAUCAUCGCCAUCGCCGCUCAGUCGGGAUGGGUCGAGGACGAGGACGCCAAGUCCCACUACGCCAGCAUGUGGGACCAGUGCCGCGGCAGGAACGACCACUGGGACUGCAAGUCGCUCAUGGAGCACCCUUGGGCGCAGGCGGUCGCUGCCCUGAUGAUCAUCGGCCUGCUCGUCCUCAUCGUCGCCUUCAUCGUCUCCAUUCUGGCCAUGUGCUCCGUCAACAUCCCCCUGCUGCUGUUCACCGCCGCUCUGCUGAUCGUUGUCGUGGUGGUCCAGGUCAUCGCCCUCAUCAUCUACCCCGUCAAAUUCAACGAGCUGAUCUUCGAGGGCAACUACUACUACACCUGGGCCUACGGCUUCGGCUGGGGCGCCACCAUCAUCUGCAUCGGCUGCGCCAUCCUCUUCUGCUGCCUGCCCCGCUACGAGGAGGAGCUGCGCGGCGAGGGCAAGGUCAAAUACAUCUACACCUCGUCCUAGAGACGGAGCGCCUGCCGGCCUCCGCCCAGUGAUCGCCAUUCCCCACGCGGAACAUUUUCACACUGUACCAUCUCACCAAAGAGCAGUCUGAUGUGGUUGAGCGCCACCAGUGAGUGAUUCCUACAGGAAGUGGACGGUGACUGGAGGUGUAGCGUAGAAACCUCUCUCCCACAUUUAAAUCAACAUCUCAACACAUCUGUUUCUCCUUUUCUUUCUUUUUUUUUUUCCAUGAUGUUUAUUCACUGAAAACAUAAAACAUAUCCCUCAGUCUGUACUUUUUAAACUACAAUUCUCAGAGCGACAUCACCCCAAGUGCACUUAACUGGAACGGAGGUUCGUUCGGCGUGAGGCGCAGCUUUUAGCCCGAUUCGCGGCGGAUCGUCAGAAAUCUCGCUCGACGUUCAAUCCUCCGGGCGCGACAUUCUGGCAGGGGAUGCAGAAUGAAUCGCUUGUUUUCAUUGUGUGUGCUAUGAUUACUUUUUCCUCAGUACUACUGUGCGUGUGUGUGAGUUCGAAUGUGUGUGUGUGUGUGUUUGUCUGCAUGAGGUUAGAAGGAAGCGAACGCCUGAGUGGAGCCAAUAGAAAUGUCCGCGUAGUUUAGCCAAGUCCGUCUGAAGCUUUCUGUCUCCGGCACGUUGUAUUUACCAAAGGGAGCGAGCCGUGGGGGUUUCCUCUGCUGUCUGUCGCUGUGUGUCGUGAACGCUGUGGACAAUAACGUAACUCAUCUUUCGACGUGAGGUUUUCAUGGUUGGUAUAAAUACUUUGACUUCAGACUGGAAGCAAAAUUCUCGUGAAUUUCCACAGUCUUACGACUUCUUUCCACAACCUCCUGAGCUUUGCAUUCCCUUAUUCCAAUUUCAUAAACUUGUUUCAGCUGAAAACAGUAAUGAUAUUGUAGAGAAGGUCCAAACUCUUUAGAGCUGCCUUGCUUAAUAAAGAUGUCAAAUUUUUAGGUUCAAAGGGAACAUUUUAAACGCAGAACAGUAUUCUGGGUUUCUCGUGUCUCGUUGCCUCCAAGUCUGUGUAAUUAGAUUUUUUUUGUUAUUCCUUCAUCCAAAGACGACCAAACUUGUAUUUUGUAAAGGCCUUCAUAAGCUCCCAUGGUGUCGGUCUGCCGUGUUUUAUGAGACACCGAGAGAGACCGAGGUGUACAAUCAUCUGGUAUUACUGUGUGUGAAACUCGUGCCUUAGCUUCUUCCCCCGGCCGCCGGGUCGUUGAAUCCGGCUCGACGGGUUCCGCCGACUCGCGCCGACUCUGUUCGCGUCACCAGACUCAAGCCCCGACCCGCUGGAAGGAUGGAAGACGCUGUGUGUGUAAGUGAAUGAAAAACGAAAUGCAAUAAGAUGAAUUGUGGCCCGAGUCCCACAAACCCAACUUCUGCUUUUCUACCCUCAAACUGGAGUCUUUUGAGUUUGUUUUAUGCAGAAAGUUGCUGCCAAAAAUAAAGAAAAAUAAUAACUGGAGCCUUGUAGAAAUUUGAACUAAUGCUGGCCGAGCGUCUCUUUUCUAAACCAGCGUUUUAAAGCAUUAUUAGUCCCUGUCUGGAGAUUGGGAAUGUCUCACUGGAAAUCACCCCGCUGGUUUCUCUGCUGUAGUAUGAAUUAUUUUUGGUAGUUUGUGUAUUUUUAAGCGAAUAAAGAUUUUCAUUUUUUGAAGUGGUGA